AUAUAAAUUCUAGCACACUCUCGGUUAGAACGGCGGCCGGAUCCAAGGAAUGCUCAGCCGGAUUGAAGGGCGCUUCAGCCGUCUUGCGAGAACCGAGUGGCCAGUCAAGGCACUCAACAAAGCAAUCAAUCAAUCCGGCGACCAACAGCGUAAAUCGCAAAUGAGCAGAGGAACCAACAACAACUGUCCCCCAAUUUACCAACACAUCGGCAUCAUUCAUUCUUCCUCCUCUCUGGUGUUUUCGACCUUCAGCCUUGUUGAUGGCUUUGAAUAUAAUAGUCAACCAAGAGGUCCCUCGUCUCUAACUGUCGCCCAGUUUCCACUUCCUCCCCGCCACUCAACCUCUUCUCCCGCAUCUCAAACAGACUCGGCGGCACCAUGUCGGCUCCAGACGGCUACAUUGAAGGCUUUGUCUGCACCCUGGACACCUGCUCCGUUGAGGACUGGGGCUAUAUCCGCUACCGGCCCAGCGUGGCAGGCAAUGCCCUCUUCCUGGCUGUCAUGGCCGUGCUGGCCCUCGCGCAGCUGUACCUGGGCUUUCGGCACAAGACGCGGGGCUUCAUGAUUGCUAUGUGCCUGGGCCUGACGACGGAGACGGUCGGCUACAUCUCGCGCGUGCUCAUGAACGGGAACCCCUUCAACAGGGACUACUUUUUGUGGUACCUCAUCACGCUGACCAUCGGGCCCGUCUUCAUCGCCGCCGCCAUCUACCUGACCCUCGGGCACAUUGUCGUGGCCCACGGGGAGAGUAUCAGCCGCAUCAAGCCUCGCACGUACACGACCUUUUUCGUCGGCUGCGACAUUGUCAGUCUCGUCGUCCAGGCCGUCGGUGGUGGCAUCGCUGCCUCUACGCCCCUCACGAACCCACACAUGAUUGACGUCGGCACCAACAUCCUCGUCGCCGGUCUCUCGAUCCAGGUCGCCUGCCUGUUUGCCUUCUCUGCCUGCAGUCUCGAAUUCUUCUGGCGCGUCAGGAAGAACCCCAGCAUGGCCAACCCCGAGUUCACAGACCUCGUCAACAGCAAGCGCUUCAAAUUCUUCCUCCUCGCUGUCCUAGGCGCAACCGCGUUCCUGUUUGUGCGAACGCUCUUUCGGUCGGUCGAGCUGAGCGAGGGGUUCGCAGGCGAUCUGGCCAACAACGAGGUCGAGUUCAUGAUCCUCGACGGCGUCAUGGUCAUCCUCGCCUCGCUGUGCUUGACCAUCUGGCAUCCAGGAUACGGCUUCGGGAAGCGGUGGAACGAGACGGGCUUCCGCUUCCGUACCUCCAAGGCCAAGGUCGACGGGGGAGAGACUGCGACGCCGGUUGUUCCCGCUGGCAACGGCAAGUCGGAGCCCGAGACGUCUGCCGAGAGGCUGUAGACGCGAGAAGUAUCAGCUCCCACGGGACAUGAUGCAAGACUUGUAGGGACAGAUUCGAAGUUCAGGGUACUUUGGAUACACGUACAAAUGAUUAGUGAGCGUUGUAUUUGGACAUGAGCACCUACUGUGCGACAAGCAUUUUGGUCCAUUAUCUGCUGGAAUCCUUGUCAAUAGGCCACUGAAGAUCAUUUCUCGUGUCGAUGGAAAGCUUCGUGAGCGUGUCAUUGAAAGAGACUUCGUACUACGAUAAUGAAUAACAGAUCAGAAGAGCGAGAAUGAACAUUCACUAUCUGAAGAUGAUACUGA